AAAAAAACUUUGCUCCUCCUUCCUUAUCCCAGUACAAUAAUGUCAAAGAGAAACGGUCAAUUUGGAGGAGGAAAGAAGAAGAAGCAAAAGUCUUAUCACUGUGCUAAAGAAACAGAAAAGGCUGGAGCUGCUGCAAAGAGUAAGAGCAGUUUCAAUGUGAUGCCAGAUAUGGCAGGUGUGCUUGUCAUGUGCACACGUUCUAAAGAAAGUCGUGCUGUCAAGGAGGCUUUAGAUAUUUUGCAACGAUAUGGCGAUGAAUUAUAUCCUGUGGAAGAUGUCGAUGCCGACGUCAACGAAGACGACGAGGAGGAUGAUUUAGAGGCUUCAAUUGCAAAAGAAGUAGCCGCCCUCAAGAAGCCUAAAGGAAGAAAGCGAUUUGCUAAUAUCACCACAGGCACUGAUUGUGUCGUGUUUAUUCGUGCCACACCUCCUGUCGAACCUGUUAAAUUAGUUCACCACAUGUUGACAGAUUUAGAUAAAACCCAAACCAAAACCACUCGAUAUAUUUGCAGAUACCUCCCUGUUGAAAAGACAUGUCAAGCUCAUAUUGAAGAUAUCGAGAAUUCCGCCAAGCAAAUUUUUGCCCGCCAUUUCAGCCAAAAGGAUAGUCAAGGUGAACUUGUACCAAAAAGAUUUGCGGUUGCUUGUAGAGUGCGUAAUUGCACAAAGUUGACACGUAUGGAUGUCAUCAAUGCUUUAGCUGCUACUGUCGGACCUGGACAUAAAGUUGAUUUAAACGAUCCUGAAUUAACCAUCAUUGCCGAAGUUUGUCAGAAUAUUUGCAUGUUAUCAGUCGUUGAGGAUUUUAACAAGUUGAAAAAGUACAAUAUCGAGAGUAUUUUGGGUAUCAAUAACGCAGAUGCUUCUGAACAACCAAAAAAGCAAGUUAAAGAGGUGAAGGGAGAGGCUGAGGUUGAGGUUGAGACCAAGACUGAGGAGAAGGAGGAGGAAGUUACACAAGACGAGAACAAAGAGUAAUUUUUUUUUUAUGGGAUGACAAUAAAGUGACUGUACACAUAGAGAAUGCCAUAUUUGAA